AUGAACAGACAAGUCUGCAAGACAUCUGGUGGCAGCAGGCAGGGUUUCUCGGGCCGCUCUGCCGUGGUCUCUGGCAGCAGCAGGAUGAGCUGUGUGGCCAGCUCUGGGGGAGCUGGCGGAGGGGCCUGUGGGUUCCGGGCCGGAGCAGGUGGCUUUGGCAGUCGCAGCCUCUACAGCCUGGGUGGCAACAAGAGCAUCUCCAUCAGUGUGGCUGGUGGCUCCCGGGCUGGUGGCUUUGGGGGAGGGCGUAGCAGCUGUGGCAGUGGCUUUGGGGGUGGCUAUGGAGGUGGCUUUGGUGGUGGCUUUGGUGGUGGCAGAGGAAUAGGAGGUGGCUUUGGAGGAGCUGGUGGCUUAGGAGGGCUUGGUGGCUUUGGAGGAGUUGGUGGCUUUGGAGGAGCUGGUGGCUUAGGAGGGGCUGGUGGUUUUGGUGGGCCUGGUGGCUUUGGUGGGCCUGGUGGCUUUGGUCCUGGUGGCUUCCCCAGAGGAAUCCAGGAAGUGACCGUCAACCAGAGCCUCCUGCAGCCCCUUAAUAUGGAGAUCGACCCCCAGAUUGGGCAAGUAAAGACCCAGGAGCGGGAGCAGAUCAAGACCCUCAACAACAAGUUUGCCUCCUUCAUCGACAAGGUGCGGUUCCUGGAGCAGCAGAACAAGGUCCUGGAGACCAAGUGGAACCUGCUCCAGCAGCAGGGCACAAAUUCCAUGACCAGCACCAACAACCUGGAGCCCCUCUUUGAGACUUACAUCAGCAACCAGCGGAGCUACCUGGACAGCAUUCUGGGGGAGAGGGGCCGCCUGGACUCAGAGCUGAGGAACAUGCAGGACCUAGUGGAGGACUUCAAGAAGAAGUAUGAGGAUGAAAUCAAUAAACGUACAGCUGCUGAGAAUGAAUUUGUGACCCUGAAGAAGGACGUGGAUGCCGCCUACAUGAACAAGGUGGAGCUUCAGGCCAAGGUGGAUGCCUUAAUGGAUGAAAUCAACUUCCUGACGAACCUCUAUGAUAUGGAGCUGUCCCAGAUGCAGAGUCAUGUCAGCGACACAUCCGUGGUCCUAUCCAUGGACAACAACCGCUUCCUGGACCUGGACAGCAUCAUCGCCGAGGUCAAGGCCCAGUAUGAGGAGAUCGCCCAGAGAAGCAAGGCCGAGGCUGAGGCGCUGUAUCAGACCAAGCUGGGAGAGCUGCAGACCACGGCUGGCAGACACGGGGAUGACCUGAAGAACACCAAGAGUGAGAUCAUGGAGCUCAACAGGAUGCUCCAGAGGCUGCGGGCUGAGAUCGAGAAUGUUAAGAAGCAGAAUGCCAACCUGCAGGCGGCCAUCGCUGAGGCUGAGCAGCGCGGGGAGCUGGCCCUCAAGGACGCCAAUGCCAAGCUCCAAGAGCUGCAGGCUGCCCUACAGCAGGCCAAGGAUGACCUGGCCCGGCUGCUGAAGGAGUACCAGGAGCUGAUGAAUGUCAAGCUGGCCCUGGAUGUGGAGAUCGCCACCUACAGGAAGCUGCUGGAGGGGGAGGAGUGCAGGAUGUCUGGAGAGUGUCAGAGCGCUGUCAGUAUCUCCGUGGUCAGCAGUGGCGGCGCGACAUCGGGCUCAGCAGGUGGAUUAGGCGGCGGCUUCGGCGGCGGCUUCGGUGCGGGAGGAGGCGCGGGCAGCUUCGGCCGGGCAAGUGGCAGUGGCUUCGGAGGCGGCAGCGGUUUCGGCGGCGGCAGCGGCUUCGGCGGCGGCUGUGGUUUCAGCGGCGGCAGCGGCUUCGGAGGCGGCAGCAGCGGCUUCGGGGGCGGCAGCAGCGGCUUCGGCGGCGGCAGCAGCGGCUUCGGCGGCGGCAGCAGCUUCGGCUCCGGGGCUCGCUGCGGGGUGAGCAGCGGAGGCUUCAGCUCCGGCAGCAACCGGGGCGGGAGCGUCAAGUUCUCGCAGUCCUCGCAGCGCUGCUCGAGAUAA